AAGAUCUGGCUUCUAAAUUCAGAGGGGUCCCUCAUCAGUUAGAGCUGGGUAGCAACCUUAGGCUCACGGGACACAGUGAAGGGUUUACCUUCCAAAAGCUGCCAAUGAUCUCUCACCAGAGGAAGCAGCCACAGAGGAAGUCUGCCAGCCUGCAAAGAUGAAAUAUCUUGAAGGCCCCCACUCAAGCCAAGGCCCAGAAAAGCCCUGUAGCCCUGAGGAGGAGCUGGUGUCUGCCUCCCAAUUAGAGGAGGAGGAAGAAAAUGAAGAUGAGGAAGAGGAGAAUCUGGAUCCUGAUUUAGCCCGGGGCCUGGAGGAGGAGGAGGAGGAAGAAAAGGAUCUUGGGGAUCCAGCUGUCCUCAGUGCCGUCCAUAACACCCAGACCCUGGACUACUUGUCGCCAGGUCCUUUCCGGCCUACCCUUCCCAGCACCAGCUCUCCAGUGCGGCACUUUGGUCCUCGACUGCUCUCACCAGACCCACCUCUCUUCUGCAGCCCAUCGACUUCAUGGUCCUGUAGGUUCAGUAAUCUGACCCAGCUCCACCCUCUGCACCAACGGAUCCUGCAGCUGCAGCAGCAGAGUAGAACACCAAGUCCCCCAGCCAAGAAGCCUUGGUCUCAGCAGCCAGACCCCUAUGCUAACCUCAUGACCCGAGAAGAGAAGGACUGGGUGAUAAAAGUGCAGAUGCUUCAGCUGCACAGUGAGAACCCCAGCCUGGAUGACUAUUACUACCAGAAAUAUUAUCAGAAACUAGAGAAGAAGCAGGCAGAUGAAGAGCUACUUGGGCAAAGGAGCAAGGUUGAGUCCCUCAAGCUGGUAACACCUUACAUUCAGAAGGCAGAGGCUUACGAGUCAGUGGUUCGAAUCGAGGGUUCCCUGGGCCAGGUAGCUGUGUCAACGUGUUUUAGCCCUCGCCGAGCUAUUGAUGCUGUACCUCAUGGAGCUCAAGAGCUGGAGAUAGGAGCUGCAAGCAGUCAGAGGCUUCAGGUGUUGUACCGGAUUGAGAAGAUGUUCCUUCAGUUACUAGAGAUAGAGGAGGGCCAGAAGGAUGGGCCUGCACAGCCCUGUUACUCUGAGCAGCAGAGAAACCAGGUUGAGAAGCUCUUCCAGGCCUUAAAGACCCAGGAGCAGAAUCUGGAUGAGGCGGCAGAUGGCUUCCUGCAGGUGCUCUCCGUGAGGAAGGGGAAAGCCUUGGUGGCCCGGCUGCUCUCCUUCCUGCCCCAGGAUCAGGCUGUUAGCCUUCUUCUGGCUAUCACCCACCAUCUACCCCUCCUGGUCAGGAGAGAUGCAGCUGAUCAGGCCCUACAAAUGUUAUUCCAACCUCUGAGCAAACAUAUCAGUCACUUGACCUUCCAUGAACUCCUGCGAGGACUUCAGGGACUAAUGCUGCUUCCACCUGGUUCCUCAGAGCGGCCAGUCACUGCAGUGCUUCAGAAUCAGUUUGGAAUAUCUUUGCUGUAUGCCCUGCUGAGUCAUGGGGAGAAGUUGGUAUGCCUGGACUGUUCCCUAGCAGAAUCCAACAGUGAUCAUACAGCUUGGACAGACAUAGUGAUUCUGAUCACCUGGGAGAUAGCUCAGAUGCCUACAGCCUCUCUGGCAGAGCCCCUAGCCAUCCCCAGCAACCUUCUCCCCCUGUUCUGUCGCUAUGUGGACAAACAAUUGGUUCAGCAGCUGGAGACUACAAUGAAGUUUGCCUCAAUCUACUGAUCCUGUUCUGGAAUAUACACAUUUGGGAAAAGUUUUCAGACACUAGCUGUGCAGGCAAUGUCUAUAGAGAUCCAAGAGUCUGAAGACAUUUCUCAUGCCUUGAUAUAUUGGAGGACACUGCCCCAAACAUUUACUUAUGCUUUCUUGAAAAUCCUGAAUAAUAUUCCUAAAAAGAC